UGCUAGCGCGCAUGCGCAGCGCUGCAGACCUCGACUAAAUUGAGGUCUUUGUUGAGACCUAUAGACAGAUCUUGCUCGAUCUUUUCGGAUAUCUCAGGGACAUUUGGUGAAAAGACAACCGUGUUAUUUACAAUCGCGACUCUGCGAGCCUGACGUGACCCAGAACACGAACGCGAGGAUAUUAGCAGAGCUGACAACAUCCGAUGUACACAAACAAACCCAUCGCUGACGUUUUAAGGUGGUAUUUUUUAGCGUAGCUCGAUUUUAUUUAUUUACCAGCUACGACAAGCGGUUUGUCGACAUGGGGGACUGUCAUAUUUAAAAGGAGUAGAUCUCCUCUUCACCUCCAGGAUAUCAUGAAAGAGGAGAGGGGUAUUUGUAUGGAAAGGCUGCCCAUGGCACGCAGAAGUGGGGUUCAACUUUCCAACAGCCUCGUCCAGACAGAGGAGAACAGGGAAGCAGAAAGAGGAUAUUUGUGGGCCAGCUUUAUUUCACAUAAAUAGUCAAGCUGCAAUAUUUGGGAUCAGGUGGGAGAUGGAGACUGUCGGGAAAUUCGAGUUCAGCAGGAAGGACCUAAUAGGACACGGUGCCUUCGCUGUGGUAUUCAAAGGCAGGCAUCGAGAGAAGCAUGAUUGGGAAGUUGCAGUCAAAUGCAUAAACAAGAAGAAUCUGGCCAAAUCUCAAACUCUUCUGGGGAAAGAGAUCAAGAUAUUAAAGGAACUUAAACAUGAGAACAUUGUUGCAUUGCAUGACUUCCAGGAAACCGCAAGCUCUGUGUACCUAGUGAUGGAGUACUGCAAUGGGGGAGAUCUGGCUGACUACUUGCACUCUAAGGGCACUUUAAGUGAAGACACCAUCCGAGUAUUCCUGCAGCAGAUCACAGGGGCCAUGAGGGUCCUUCAGGCCAAAGGGAUCAUCCACAGAGACCUGAAACCCCAGAACAUCCUGUUGUCCCAUCCUGCAGGCCGAAAGUCCCACUCCAACAACACCUGCAUCAAGAUAGCUGACUUUGGCUUUGCACGGUACCUCCAGAACAACAUGAUGGCCGCCACACUCUGUGGAUCCCCCAUGUACAUGGCACCUGAGGUUAUCAUGUCACAGAACUAUGAUGCCAAGGCUGAUCUGUGGAGUAUAGGGACCAUUGUGUUUCAGUGCCUGACUGGGAAAGCUCCAUUUCAGGCCAGCAGUCCACAGGACCUCCGAUUGUUUUAUGAGAAAAAUAAAACUCUUAGCCCAAACAUUCCUAGAGAAACUUCCAGCCAUCUCAGACACCUGCUGCUUGGCCUCCUGCAGAGGAACCAUAAGGACCGUAUGGAUUUUGAUGAAUUCUUCAGACACCCUUUCUUGGAGGCAAGCUCCUCUAUGAAGAAGUCUGCUCCAGUGACCGUGACUUGCUUUCCCAAUUCAGCCUCUGCAAGCUCAUGCAGCAGUUCAUCUACUUCACACCUGGCCUCUCCUCCUCAAUCCCUUGCGGAGAUCCAGCAGGUCCGUGCAAAGGCGUUAGCCUCCCCUACCCAGGAUUCUCCAGGAUACCUGCUGAAGGACUCGGGAGGGGGCGGAGGUGGCAGCAGUAGCAAGAACUCGUCCUGUGACACUGAUGAUUUUGUCAUGGUUCCAGCUCAUUUCCCCAGUGAGCUUACCUGUGACAUGCCGACAGGAAAAGUUCUCCAAGACAGUCUGAUGUAUAGUGGGAGCUCUCUUCUAGCGUCUGGAGGUCAGUGCAGUCAAGGAAAAACCCCGCCACGCUCUCCCUCCUACAGCAGCUCUCCAGGACCCAGCGGCAGGCCGAGUGAGUUUUCUGGGAGUAACUAUGGCAACUACGGGCAGUCUAUACCCAUUCCAGUCCCCACACAGAUUCACAACUACCAGCGCAUGGAGCAAAACCUCCAGUUCCCAGGUCAAGAGGGCUCUCCACAGUCUGGCACGGUCCAGAGGUGUGGCAGCGGGAGCUUUUUGGCCUGUGGAAGGACAGGGCCUUCUCCUCCUCAGUCUGGCUCUGCUCUCACUUCCCGCAGGCUGUCUACAGGAGGCGCGAAACCCUUCCAGCUCUCUCCACAGGUGGGCACAAUUCCUGAGUUGCCAGGCCAAGUUUGCCCAGCGAGUGCAGAAAUGGGUCACAGAGGCUCUCGGGGUGGAGAAACCAAGGUUCGGCCACAGCAGCAGGGUCUAGGCACUCGGCUCAACAGCGCCCCCUGUUUGCUGGAGGCGGCUGGUGGGUGCAGGCAGAAGAUCAGGAAGCAGCAUUCAGACCCGGUGGUGGCCCCUCAGGGAAACAUGAUGCCCUUUAGGACCCUGCACUCCUCACCCAGGCUUAGUGAACUUAUGCAACGCAACCCCCUACCAACCAUCCUGGGUUCUCCUUCUAGAGCCAUGCCCCCGUUUGAGUUUCCCAAGCCCCCGAGUUCCCCAAACAUGGUCACAUUUCUGACCCACCAGGGCCUCAGACCAGCUCAGGGAGAGGCUGGUUUGUCACCUGCCUACCAGUCUGAGGAAAAGAAAGGCUUUGGGAGGUCUCAGAGUGCUGGCCGCCUAUCUGAUGUGCUGCUGAUGGCAGCAUUUGGGGGGCAGAGAGGAGAAAGAGGCAGCAUGGAGAAUCUCAACUCUGACAGAGCCAUAGACAUCACAGCGCCACCUGGUGGUGGAGGCUUCGUGGUGGGUUCGGGUAGCCCUGCUCGAGUGGUGUUCACCGUGGGUUCUCCUCCCAGUGGAGGAACACCUCCUCAGAGCUCUCGCUCAAGGAAGUUCUCAGCAGGCUCUUCAAGCUCCAUUAGUCCAGCAGGGUCCCUCACCAGCCGCUACCCACAAACGGGCAUUUGCAUGGACGGCUACGAAGGGCCCUCAAGUCCCCGCUAUGGUUUUAAUGACCCCAUCUCAGCUGUGACUUUUGAAGCCCCUGAACUACCAGAGGAGACCCUAAUGGAGCAGGAACAUACUGAAACUCUGCGCAGGCUCCGGUUCAUGCUGGACUUUGCUCGCUGUAUGGUGGAGGUGGCAGGAGCCCGGAGUGGAGAGGCUGCCCAGGCCGACCUCUCUUCCACCAGCCUGCUUCAGCAGCAAAGCUUGGUUGCCGACCAGAUCAGCUCUCUGAGCCGAGAGUGGAGUUAUGCUGAGCAGUUGGUGCUUUACAUGAAGAUUGCAGAGCUCUUGUCAUCAUCAUUACACACAGCCAUGGAAGGAAUCAAGCAGGGAAAACUCUACCCCUCGACCACCGUCAAACAAGUGGUGAGGAGGCUGAAUGACCUGUAUAAGUCCAGCGUGAUGUCCUGCCGAUCUCUGAGCGCUCAGCUGGAGCGAUUCUUCUCCCGUAAACACAAACUCAUGGACCACAUCAACAGCAUCACCGCAGAGAGGCUCCUUUUUAGCCACACUGUACAGAUGGUGCAGACGGCUGCUCUAGAUGAGAUGUUUCAUCAAGGCGAAGCAUCAAUUCAGCGCUACCAUAAGGCCUUGCUGCUCAUGGAGGGUCUGUCUCUUCUUCUCACAGAUCAGGCUGAUAUCCUCAGCGUUAGCAAGUGCAAACAAUGCAUCGAACGCCGUCUCACCGCCUUGCAGUCGGGUCUCUGUGUGUAAAGCCUUUCCACCACGCUGCUGUUACAUCAAGAUCCCAGUUUCUCCCUCCAGCAACUUUUUCCAGUAAUGUAGGGGAGGGAACGGCUCUCUGAUUGGACCACGUUAACCUGAUUGACAGCUGAUGUCAUAAAGGUGGAGAGAGAUGCAAAGAUUCGGAUGUGUUGCCACUUUCCAUCAUCGCAGACGCAGAAGGACAGAAUAAUACCUGUGUCUAGUCAAGAUGAAACCUGUUUCCACAAUUAUCCUCUCACGGAGUUUAAGUGUAGUACAAACAUGUUUCUCAGCGCACUUGUUGGCUCACACAGGAAGUGGUUGCGUGCUAUAAAUGGGUUGUGCAAUGUUAGACAAGGUUUAUCCACCCCAGAACAUCGGUUUCUUGUAUUUUCCUUAGUUUGUAGUCAGCGAUCUGCCCAUUCACUACGUUAGCUUGCAGAGAGACAAUAUAGAACACUUUUAGGAUGUUUAAUAGCGAUUUAAUAGUGCAUUUGGGGGUGAUUUGAAGUCAUUUUGUUUGUUUGUUUGUUUAGUUGGUUGGUUGGUUGAAUUCCAAAUGUCCAGUUUAGAAGAUAUAAUCUCUGGAUGAAUGUUGCAGACUGGCACCAUUAUAUGCACCACUUGAAUGUUGAGAGGCCCAAAUUCUCCCUCACUGGGGAGAUUAAUCAGAAAUUCAAUGACCAAAUUACAACCCAUUCAAAAAACGACUAAUUUUGCCAAUUAUUUAAAAAACAUUCUCAUCGUUUCACAAAUGGAAACUGUAUAAAGCCAGCAAAAUCAUUUGUAGCACUUUAGUGAAUGUUUACCAAGUAAGAGCAUGUCAAAUCGCUGUUUCCUGCUUAAAUUGUCUAGGAAAUUAAUAUUGUGUGCAGUGUUUGGACAUCUCUUAUGACCUGUUCAGUUUCUUCUUUUUUUUUAAAUAGCUAUUGUGUUUUUAUUUUGUGUUUGGCAAUCAUUUGUCUGAAUGUAGUUUGGCUUUUAAAUUUGUCACAAUAGGGCAAGACAAAAUUCCUGCGCCAUCACAGAUUUUAGCUGUUAUUUGGUCCAAAUAUUAUGCCAAAAAAGAUCAAUAAUACAGUUGGGGUCAAACGUUUGCAUACACCUUGUGUUAUGUUAAUAAUUUUACCAAAAUAGGAGGGAUCAUACAAAAUGCAUGACCUGAAUAAGAUAUUUUACAUAAGACGUUUACAUAUAGUCCACACAAGAAAGUAUUUGAAUUUAUAAAAAUUACCACUCUCAAAAGUUUACAUACACUUGAUUCUACUGUGUUGUUACCUGAAUGGUUCACAGCUGUGAACAGUUGUUCAUGAGUCCCUUGUUUGUCCUGAACAGUUAAACUGUCCGCUGUUCUUUAGAAAAAUCUUUCAGGUCCCACGAUUUUUUUGGUUUUUCAGCAUUUUUGUGUAUUUGAACCCUUUCCAACAAUGACUGUAUAUUUUGAGAUCCAUCUUUUCACACUGAGGGACGCAUAUGCAACUAUUACAGAAGGUUCAAGCGCUCUCUGAUGCUCCAGAAGGAAACACGAUGCAUUAAGAGCUGGGGGGUGAAAACUUUUGAACAGAAUUGCAAUGUGUACAUUUUUCUUAUUUAGCCUAAAUAUCAUAUUUUGUCAUUUAGUACUACCCUUCAGAAACUACAGAAAAUACCUGUAUGUUUCCCAGAAGGCAAAUUAAGUUAAAUUUACCGAUUUCAAAAGUUUUCACCCCCUGGCUGUUAAUGCAUUGUUUAUCCUUUUGAAGCAACAGUGAGUGUUCAAACCUUCUGUAAUAGUUGCAAACGAGUCCCUCAGUUGUCCUCAGUGUCAAAAGAUGGAUCUCAAAAUCAUACAGUCAUUGUUGGAAAGGGUUAAAAAACACAAAGAUGCUGAAAAACUAUCGCUAAACAAAAAAAAAAAACACACAGCUAUGGAUCAUUCAAGCAACAACACAGUAUUAAGAAUCAAGUGUAUGUAAACUUUUGAACAGGGUUAUUUUUAUAAACUCAAAUAUUAUUUUAUCUUGUGGAAUAUAUGUAAACUAUGUGAAAUUUCUUAUUCCAGUCAGUACUAAAUAAGAAACUCCCUCUUAUUUUGGUAAGAUAAUUAACAUUUUGCAGAUUCUACAAGGUGUAUUUUAAACUUUUGACCUCCACUGUAGGUAUUGGCGUUGUCGUUGGCAUAAAAAACGACACAAUUUCUUGAUUAUACCUCUUAUUGAAAUCAUAUGUGUGCCCUGGUGAUCAGUCAUGUUCCUGAUUUCCAUCUGGGACUUUAAUUGCCCAUUUUUAGUGUUUGAGGACAGAAUGUACUUCCUUUUGGGUUGUGCAUGCAUAGUUGUUCCUGUUGUUGACGUGAGCUGUGUAUAAACUGAAGCAAGUAUAUAAAAGACAGUAGUCUAUAGCUUCUAUAGCUUGCACUGUUUAAGGACUUUUUUGGUUAGGUAAGCAGAAGACAUUCAAAACCGAGCGGACCAUUUAGUGUGAACACACUUCCCUCGCAUACUUUUUGUAGAGUCAGUGCUUUUUAGCCUUAUUUCAAUUGUGUUGUAUAUGAACAGUGUGUUUAUGUGUUGAAAAUAUUUAAAACAUUUUUAAAAUGUGCCUUUAAAGAAAAAAAGCAAAAACUGAAACACUGAAAAAAUAUUUCGCUCUGUUAUAUUUCCUUUUUUUCUUUCGUUUUGUACAUUGUCAGUAUGGAGUGAGUUGUGGUUGAAUUUGAUUGGGUUGAGAUGCAGUGGGAUUGAUUUAGUUUUGCUUCACUUUUACGUGUGUGUGAAUGUAUUUGUGUGUGUUUAAGUAUCAUACAUACUAGUUUUUUUGAAAUAAUCUGAAGUGCGGUGUCAUGAUAGUGAGACAUAAGCUAUUGUUAUUUCUCUUUUGAGUUCCAAAGGCCAGUUGCCAUUGUAGUAACAUGCAUUUUUUUCGCUUUAAUGCAUACCAGUUGAAUUGCAAUUUUAACAACUUUUGUUAAAAGAGUAAUAGCUUUUUUAUUUUCUCUCUCUGAGCAGUUUGAGGAUUAUGCUGCAUUUGUUGUGCUUUUUAAAUUGCAUAAAAUAAAAUCUGUGUUUAAUCCAUCAAAUGUUAAUCGCCGCCUAUGGCCAUUGGAUGUAUCGUGACACUUUAAAUCGCUGUGUACCGCAUGAAGUGUUUGGUCAUCUGAUUUAAGCAUCACUUUGUCGUUGAUGUGCGGACACUAAAACUUGCAAUAUGUGAGCUCACCAGUUCUGCAUUACUACACUACACUGAUGUCUUCAUUUUGUUGUCCAGUAAUAAAGACAUAUAUCUGUUUUACCUUGAUCUCUCAGUAUCAUGUGUAAAUAUGGAUUGUAAAUUAUCGCUUUCCAAAUUGUACAUUAAACAAACGCAUGGAGAUUUGCUUUCCGUCACCCUCUCCCCACCAAAGAUAUGAACGUUCCCAAUUGUGACUGUUGAUGAACAUUUACAGUUGUUUGUUCUGUUAAAAGACCUGUACACACUCUUUCAUGUCUAUAUAAAAUGUAACUUUUUGCUUUAAACAGUACAGCACCAAUAAAAGAGGAAAACUGAAA